UAGAACAUAUUUUAUGCAACUUUUUUUUGAAACAAUAUUUGCAAAGACAAAACUUUACUCGUUUAUUAAUGUAUUACUAUAAUUGAGUACUUUUUGAGUUUUUUUUACAUGGUUUUUAAAGAAGAAAAAAAGCAGGGCGCGCUUUUUUUCCAGUACUCUCGCGAGUUUUCUUCGUCAAUACGGAAGUCUUCUUUAUUUACCCGGGAAAUAUUCACUGGCGUUCAAACCUUAUAUGUCAAUGCGUUCAAACAACACAACAGUCUUGUCUGUGUAAAAUCGUCUACUCGUAUGUCCACAAAAAUGCCCGCAACUUCAGAAAUACACACAGCAAACGGUUGUAAAAUGGAGGAGCAGAAGCAGCCCGCGGCAGCGGCGGAAGAAAAGAAGAACUUCGGGGUUUUCUGUGAUGAACGCGGGUAUCUGGAUCAGAUCGAGUACAUCAUGCAGCACGGCCGCAGGAAGGGAGACCGAACCGGGACAGGAGUCAUCUCGGUGUUCGGUGCUCAGGCCAGAUACAGUCUGCGAGAUCAGUUUCCCCUGCUGACAACCAAGAGAGUAUUUUGGAAAGGGAUCCUUGAAGAACUGCUGUGGUUUAUUAAGGGAUCAACAAAUGCCAAGGAGCUCUCAGAGAAAGGGGUGAAGAUUUGGGAAGCCAACGGGUCCCGGAACUUCCUGGACAACCUUGGGUUCACAGAGAGAGAGGAAGGCGACCUGGGGCCUGUGUAUGGUUUCCAGUGGAGGCACUUUGGUGCAGAGUACACAACCAUGCAUGCAGAUUACACGGGACAAGGUGUUGACCAGCUGCAGAAGGUCAUUGAUACCAUCAAUAAGAAUCCAGAGGACAGACGGAUCAUCAUGUGUGCGUGGAACCCCAAAGACCUACCCCUCAUGGCUCUGCCCCCCUGCCACGCCCUGUGUCAGUUCUACGUGUGUGAUGGCGAGCUGUCGUGUCAGCUGUACCAGCGUUCAGGUGAUAUGGGUCUGGGGGUGCCUUUCAAUAUCGCCAGCUAUGCACUUCUUACCUACAUGAUUGCACACAUCACAGGACUCAAGCCCGGCGACUUUGUUCACACUCUGGGAGACGCUCACAUCUACGUCAACCACAUCGAACCUCUCAAAGUACAGCUUCAGAGGGAGAUCCGCCCCUUCCCCAAGCUGAAGAUCCUGAGAAAAGUGGAGAGCAUAGAUGAUUUCCGUGCAGAGGACUUUGAGAUCUGCGACUACAACCCUCAUCCAACCAUUAAGAUGCAGAUGGCUGUCUAAGAGUGUGUGUGUGUGUGUGUGUGUGUGUGUGUGUGUGUGUGUGUGUGUGUGUCUGUCUGUGUGUGUGUCUGUCUCUCUCUCAUGUUCAGUUUAUCCAAAACAAAAAAGUUAAGAGUUAAUUCUUUUUUGAUUUUGGUGAAAUGACACUUUUAAACCACAAAGUUCUUGCAGAAAAGUUUAUUUUAGUAUAAAAAUGCCAGUUAGAUCAGUUUAAUUUGUAAAUAAAGAAUUUACAUUUGUG